AGUCAAAAGAGGCGGCGUUAGCUACGCCGGCCGCUUGCCUUGGAUUCAACAUCAAACCCGUCUCAGAAAGUCGCUUUAUUUACGUAUUUGUUGGAGUGUACCAUGGAUUUAAUAUAAGUAGAUCGUCUACUGACAAACUUCACUUGACUUAUCUCCGAUAGUCAUCGAUCUGGCAGAGCGCCAGAGGUUGAGCUACAGCCAUGGUGCAACAAUACCAGUCACCUGUAAGGGUCUACAAACACCCCUUUGAGCUGAUAAUGGCGGCCUAUGUACGGAGGUUUCCAAACUGCCCCCUGAUCCCCAUCUUUGUGGACAGUGAGGUGGUGAAGGAGGAGCACAGUGAUGACGGAGCCACUGUGUUCAUUGAGAGGCGCUGUAAGGUGGAGGCAGACGCCCCCCGGCUGUUCAAAAGGAUGGCUGGUGUGGACUACCUGUACUUCAUCCAUAAGAACACUCUGGACCGCAGGGAGAGGGCGCUGCACAUCGAGGUCGUCAACGAGACCUUCUCCAACAGAGUCAUCGUCCAUGAGAUCUGCAACUACACGGUUCACCCAGAGAAUGAGGAGUGGACGUGUUUCGAGCAGACAGCCAGUCUGGACAUCAAGUCCUUCUUUGGCUUUGAGAACGCGGCCGAGAAGCUAGCCAUGAAGCAAUAUGCCAACAGUAUUAAAAAGGGCAAAGAGAUCAUAGAGUAUUACCUGAAGGAGUUGGAGGAUGAGGGGGUGACCCACGUCCCCCGCUGGAGCCCCCCUCAGGCCCCCCCACCCACUGCCAGGCUCCAGCUGCCACUCACCAGUGCUCCUUCCAUUGCCAUCCCUGUGCCCACUGCCAAAGAGACCCCCACUGCCAGCCCCACAGAUCUACCGGCUGGCUCCCCAGAUGACAAGUUGGAUGCAGACUACAUCAGGCGUUACCUAGGAGACCUGACGCCACUGCAGGAGAGCUGUCUUAUAAGACUACGCCAGUGGCUGCAGGAGACCCACAAGGGCAAGAUCCCUAAGGACCAGCACGUGCUGCGUUUCCUGCGGGCCCGGGACUUUAACCUGGAGAAGGCCCGGGAGAUCCUGUGUCAGUCGCUCUCCUGGAGGAAGCAGCACCAGGUGGACUUCCUGCUGGACUCCUGGGAGAGACCUCAGCUGCUACACGACUACUACACCGGGGGCUGGCACCACCACGACAGAGAUGGAUGCCCUCUGUAUAUUCUGCGACUCGGUCAAAUGGAUACCAAGGGUUUAGUACGCGCCUUGGGCGAGGAGUCCCUUCUGAGACAAGUCCUCUCAAUCAACGAGGAAGGUCUGAGGCGUUGUGAAGAGAACACCAGAGUCUUUGGCCGACCCAUCAGCUGCUGGACGUGCCUGGUGGACCUGGAGGGGUUAAACAUGCGUCACCUGUGGCGUCCGGGGGUUAAAGCCCUGCUGAGGAUCAUAGAGGUGGUGGAGGCCAACUACCCAGAGACCCUGGGAUGUCUGCUCAUACUGAGGGCUCCACGGGUCUUCCCUGUGCUCUGGACCCUGGUCAGUCCAUUCAUUGACGAGAAUACCAGGAAGAAGUUCCUGGUGUAUGCUGCAAAUGACUACCAGGGGCCUGGAGGUCUGGUGGACUACAUCGAUAGAGAGGUCAUCCCUGACUUCCUGGGAGGAGACUGCCUGUGUGAGAUCCCUGAAGGAGGUAUGGUCCCCAAAUCUCUGUACAGGACAGCAGAGGCGCUGGAAAGUGAGGAGCUGCGGCUGUGGACAGACACCAUCUACAAGACUGCCAGUGUCUUCAAAGGGGCCCCACAUGAGCUGCUGAUCGAAAUCUCCGAGCCCUCUUCUGUGAUCACCUGGGACUUUGACGUGUGUAAAGGGGACGUCAUCUUCAACAUCUACCACUCCCGGAGGGCGCCCCAGCCCCCCAAGAGGGACGUCCAGGGGGCCCAUGGCAGCAUCGUGUCGCCAGCCACCAACAACAUGCAGUUGAUUGACAGAUCCUGGAUUCUGGGGCAAGACUACAGUAUGGUGGAGACAGCACUCACCUGCAAGGAGGGAGAGAGUGUUCAGGGCUCCCAUGUGACGCGGUGGCCCGGGUUCUACAUCCUCCAGUGGCGGUUCCACUGCUCCCCAGCCUGCUCUACUUCCAGCCUGCCCCGGGUGGACGACGUGCUGGCCUCCCUGCAGGUCUCCUCCCACAAGUGUAAGGUCAUGUUCUACACCGAGGUGCUGGGCUCCGAAGACUUCAGGGGCUCUAUGACCAGUCUGGAAUCCAGUCACAGUGGCUUCUCCCAGCUGAGUGCCGCUACCACCACCUCUAGCCAAUCACAGUCCAGCUCCACCGUAUCAAGGUAGCAUCCAGCCAAUAGGAGAAAAACCAGUGCUGUACCAACACCUGCCAAUGAGGACUUAACCUUACCCAAUGGGAUGAGAGAAGUGUUAUGAACUGUAUGGAACAAGGAUCGCCUAUCCUUUAUGCCAUGUGGUGGAGCACUGGAGUUCCUACCUGUGAGCACCUUCUAGUACUUGCAUUUAAAGCACUGGAAUAUAUUAUUAAAAUGUACAUGUACAUUUUUUAAUCUGUAUCUAUAAUUAGUGACAUUAAGAUUGCUCUGGAAGUGGAACAUCUGCUAUAUGAGCAUCUGCUGAAUGAAUAAAUGCACAUGGAGAUGUCUUGCAAACCAUCA